CCUUCUUCCUGCCGUCGUCUGCUGCCAGUUGCCUAGUGACUAAAAGCUCCUUUUCCUGUCUCUCCGAAGAAAACCCUCCCGACUAAGAUAGCGUCGAACUUUUAACGAACACAUUUCAAAUGUUUUUUUAUUUUCGGCUUUGCAGCUAACGUUAUGGGCCUGGUAAACACGUCUCCUCCCAUUAGGAAUGCUGUGCAACACCCGUGUAGCCCAGCUCGGUUAUGAAGACUGUUGAAGAAAGAUGGAUAACUAUGUUUUCAUCAGGGUGGUUGGGAAAGGGAGCUACGGAGAGGUGAACUUGGUGAAGCACAAGGCAGACAAAAAACAGUAUGUCAUCAAGAAGCUCAAUUUAACCACCUCGUCAAAGCGGGAACGGCGGGCCGCCGAGCAGGAGGCGCAGCUUCUGUCCCAGCUGCGACAUCCCAACAUCGUCACGUACAGGGAGUCCUGGGAAGGCGCUGACCUCCAGCUUUACAUUGUCAUGGGCUUCUGCGAAGGAGGCGACCUUUAUCACAGGCUCAAGCAGCAAAAGGGAGAGCUCCUACCUGAGAGGCAGGUGGUGGAGUGGUUCGUCCAGAUUGCCAUGGCGCUGGAGUACCUGCAUAAAAGGAACAUUCUUCAUCGGGACCUUAAAACACAGAAUAUCUUCUUGACAAAGACCAACAUUAUCAAAGUCGGGGACCUUGGCAUUGCACGAGUAUUGGAGAACCAGAAUGAUAUGGCCAGCACGCUCAUUGGGACCCCUUACUACAUGAGUCCAGAGCUCUUCUCUAAUAAACCUUAUAACCACAAGUCUGAUGUAUGGGCUUUGGGUUGCUGUGUGUAUGAAAUGUCCACGCUUAAACACGCCUUCAAUGCCAAGGAUAUGAACUCGCUGGUCUAUCGCAUUGUAGGAGGAAAGCUGCCACAGAUGCCAAUUAAAUAUGACCCCCAACUGGGAGAGAUGAUCAAGAGCAUGUUGUGCAAGAAGCCCGAGGACAGGCCCAAUGUCAAUUUCAUCCUGCGGCAGCCGUACAUCAAACGGCAAAUUGCCAUCUUCCUGGAAGCCACCAAAGUAAAAACUGCCAAAUCGAGACAAAAAGUUGUUGGUGGCAGCAAUGACAUAAUAAACAACAAUGCAGCCAAUGUGGCGCCACCUCAGCCAAGGCCUCCAAGUCUUCGGCAAGAAGCUCCUCCCAAGUUGAAACAGAACAAGGCGGCAGAUAUUGAUUUAAGUGACGACACCAUGGAGCUCCUUAGAGAGGCUAACAUGCCGCAUCCAAAAUUGGAGGAGGAGCAAGAAGCAGCUUUGGAAAACAGAUCUGCACACAUAAUCAGUAAGGGAAACGUUGAGGGGAAUAAAAAUGGGUCAGGGACGAGAUCUCCAACUCAACAUGAAAACAUACAAGAAAAUCUGGAGUCGACAGAAAAGCUGCUGGAAGCCUUACCUCCAACUGUGGAACCUAUCGAAGAGGAGUGUCCCUCACUAAUCAACACACCAAGUCUAAAUGCUCCAUUUGUGACCACACUGGAACCUGUCGGCAUACAUCAGCACAGUGGGAGGAGCAAAGGCCGGACCACCGGCUUUCAGGAAAUGCCUGAAGCGGCAGCUCCCAGGCCUCUACCUCUACCUCCUGCUUCUGAAGCGGCAGCAACGGAGGUGAGGAAGAGAAACAAGGACACUGAGAGCAAGAAAGCUAAUGCGACGGUGAUCCCAAAGGCUGUUUAUUCUUCUGAGGACGGGCCAUUCCUUAUGCCACAGGAGCGUCCUCUAUCUGCCAGAGAAAGAAGACGACUGAGGCAGUCCCAAGACACUACCUGCCAAUCAGGUGCCGCAAGAGCAUCUUAUGAUGUCACCGCUUCCGAGGCUCAACGGUACAACUCUUCUGUAACCAGCUCUGUUUCAGAUGUUACCACUGAGACCACUAAGGAGCGUCCUCUAUCUGCCAGAGAAAGAAGACGACUGAGGCAGUCCCAAGACACUACCUGCCAAUCAGGUGCCGCAAGAGCAUCUUAUGAUGUCACCGCUUCCGAGGCUCAACGGUACAACUCUUCUGUAACCAGCUCUGUUUCAGAUGUUACCACUGAGACCACUAAGGAGCGUCCUCUAUCUGCCAGAGAAAGAAGACGACUGAGGCAGUCCCAAGACACUACCUGCCAAUCAGGUGCCGCAAGAGCAUCUUAUGAUGUCACCGCUUCCGAGGCUCAACGGUACAACUCUUCUGUAACCAGCUCUGUUUCAGAUGUUACCACUGAGACCACUAAGGAGCGUCCUCUAUCUGCCAGAGAAAGAAGACGACUGAGGCAGUCCCAAGACACUACCUGCCAAUCAGGUGCCGCAAGAGCAUCUUAUGAUGUCACCGCUUCCGAGGCUCAACGGUACAACUCUUCUGUAACCAGCUCUGUUUCAGAUGUUACCACUGAGACCACUAAGCAAGAAAAAAUGCUGGAGCAAAUGUUGGAUGAAGAAGAGUGCAGCUCGUCCACAAGCUCAACAGAGCAUUCAGAGGGAGAUGGCAGAGAAAGAAAAGCUGAAUCCAAAGACAUGCAAGAUUUAGUCCACAUGAUGACCCAAACUUUGAGGAUGGUCAGUGAAGACAGAGAAUUAGGCUCCACGGCGUUACCAGAGUUCAAACUCAACAGGAAGUACAGAGACACCCUGGUGCUUCACGGGAAAGCUCGGCAGGAAGCAGAGAACCUGUCACUGGGUGAAAUUCCACUAGGCUCCUCGUCAGGUCCAGCCAAGAUCAGGAGGGCCAUCGAGCUCCUGAGAACAGAUGUGGUGAAGGGCCUGGGAGUCAAGCUGUUGGAUAAAGUCCUGGAAAUCAUGGAGGAGGAGGAUGACAUUAAACGAGAAGUGCGUCUUCGUCAGCAGAUGGGCGAUGAAAAGUAUCAAAAUUAUGCUGUAAUGGUGAGACAACUGAAAUUGUUUGAGGAGAUAGCCUUCAAGGUUUAGGGGGGAAAAUGUUUUCUUAUGGACACUUUCCCCAAAGAGGCAGGUGCCAUGACACUUCUGUUGCCACUUUGGUACUCCUGCUUUUAUAAACAUUGAUGCUUGUUGGUAUUGAUGCCAUACACUUGAAUAUGAAUUACUGUACGCUAUUGCUUUCAUCAGGGGUGUCCAAAGUGCAGGUUCUUUUUUAAAUUGGUUCUCAAUAUAUUGUAAAAAAUGUAAUUCAUUAUUGAGGUAUACAAUUAGAUAUUACACUAAUUUGCUGUGUCAUCUAUAAUUCGGUUUCAACGUUUUUGUUCAGAAAGCUUAAAUACAUCGCAUUCCUUAGUGGAACAAGUUUGGACACCCUUGGUUCGUACCUUUAGUUGUAGCUUAUUAUAACGCCUAUGCAAACAUUUUCAAUCACAUUGAAAUUAGUCAAUGUUUUUUGACUUGCUCUAGUAGAGUAGUUAGUUGUUAAUUUAUCUUGUGAGCCAAAAUAUUACUGUAUGUUGUAGCUGUUUUGUAGCUUUUGCAGAUACGUUAUUUUCAUUUGUCUGAUACACAUAAUAUGGAUUUUAACACGGAAAUUAUUUCUGAUUAAUCCUUCCAUUAAAAAACACAAUUUUGACCAUUAUUUAUAAUGCUGUGGUUCUUGUAUCAGGAAAGUUCUCCCCUACAUGGUGUACAGUCACACACACCAAAUAAAGUCAGAUUUUGACAUUUUAUUGGACACACAUCGAAGUCAUCC